GCCCUGAGCACUGGUGAAUGUUCAAUAACGUAGCUGGCCAAGCUUUCGCUUCCUUUAAUUUUGUUCAUACAGAGAGACAUAAUUCAGUAAUGGAGAGCUUCCACUAUGUAAACCUAACAUGCAGCUCUGGCAAGAAAGUCCAUGGAGACCUCAGUAGUCUGACAGCGACUAGAGAAAUUUUUAUCACUGCGGACUUUGAGCUUGAAACAAGCCGAAAGGAGGUAACAGACACCUGCGAUGCGCGCUGUGCUCGGAAAAAGACUGAGAAGAGGUUCCGUAAAACCAUUCGGACCUUACGGAAGACAGUCAGCAGGGACCAGUUCCGUGUCCGUGUCUCUGGCAUGGACCACGAAGUGGCCAGAAAGUCUCUCAAGCUAUCAGAGCCCCAGCAGUCUUGUGGUGUAGGACAGAUGCAUGUUGGUAACAGAUGUG